AUGUGCCCGGUAGUCCCAGGGGUGCUGGGAGUACCCAGGGGUGUCCAGGGUUUCCAGGGGUGCCCGGGGGUCUCAGGGAAGCCGAGGGAUGUGCCCGGGGUUCCCAGGGUCCCAGGGGUGCUGGGAGUACCCAGGGGUGUCCAGGGUUUCCAGGGGUGCCCGGGGGUCUCAGGGAAGCCGAGGGAUGUGCCCGGGGUUCCCAGGGUCCCAGGGGUGCUGGGAGUACCCAGGGGUGUCCAGGGUUUCCAGGGGUGCCCGGGGGUCUCAGGGAAGCCG